UUAAAAUAUUAUAAAAUGUUACGUAAUACUACCAAGCUUUCAUCAAUUCUGGUGAGACAUGUUUCUUCAUCAUAUCAGAAGAAUAAACAAUUUGAAAUAAAUAAUAAUGAUGAAUUUGUUAGAAAGGUAAUCAAGAGUUCAGUACCUGUCAUUGUAAAUUUUCAUGCUGAGUGGUGUAGUCCUUGUAAAAUACUCACACCUAAAUUAAUAGAACUCAUAGGACCAAUGGAUAAAUUAGAUCUUGCCAUAGUCAACUUAGAAUCAAAUCCAGAAUUGGUACACUAUUUCGAAGUAAAAGCUGUGCCAGCUAUUGUAGCAAUUUCAAGUGGUUUGGUUGUGCAUAAAAUUGUAGGUUUCACUAAUUUAGAGAUUAUAGAAAAUUUAAUACAAAAACUUACUAAUACACCCAUAAAUUCUGAAAAUGAUAAGAGAGAAGCUUGA